UAAAAAAAUUGCAACAUUCAAGACAUCCUCAAGCAGCUGUUGCAAUAACUUGCAUAUUAUUAAGGAUUUGUGAUACCAUAGGUAGUUUCUGAAGGGGAGCCUUGGCGUAACUGAUAAAGUUGCUUCCAUUCGAUCAAGAGGUCACGGGUUCGAGCCAUGGAAACAGCCUCUUGCAGAAAUACAGGCUAAUCUUUGUCAAAGUCUACAUGCGUGCUUGGACGGCCCUUUACAAUCUUUUCAAGAAAGACACAAAUUACUCACCAAAACUCUAGCACAUUUGCAUGCAUGAAGUCUUCCUUCUCUUCUAUAUAUAGUAACUAUCUUAUCAAUCCUGUCAUUUCACAAAACAUCCUUCUUCUCUUUUGCUCCUCCUAGCUUCUGUUCUUUAGUGUUAGAAAUGGCUAAACAGUUUCUCCUGUCGAAUCUGAUAGCAGCAGUAACUUUCUGCUGUGUUGUGUUAGCUUUUGAGCCAAGUCCAUUGCAAGAUUUCUGUGUCGCGGAUCCUGCUAGUCCAGCUAGGGUAAAUGGCUUAGCUUGCAAAGAUCCCAAAUCAGUUAAAGCAGAGGACUUUUUCUUCGGUGGGCUACAUUUGGCUGGCAACACAACAAAUGCUGUUGGUUCUAAAGUGACUCCUGUUAAUGUGGCUCAAAUACCAGGACUGAACACUCUUGGUAUUUCAUUGGUUCGCAUCGACUAUGCACCAUGGGGAAUCAACCCUCCUCACACUCACCCUAGAGCUACUGAGAUACUCACUGUCCUUGAAGGUACUCUUCAAGUUGGUUUUGUAACCUCGAGUCCUGAAAAUCGCCUUAUUAUUAAGGUCCUUAAAAAAGGCGACGCGUUUGUUUUUCCUAUUGGACUUGUUCACUACCAACACAAUGUGGGAUAUGGAAAUGCUGUAGCUAUUGCUGCUUUGAGUAGUCAGAAUCCUGGUGUUAUAGGCAUUGCUAACGCAGUGUUCGGAUCGGAUCCGGCUAUAGCAACUGAUGUUCUUGCCAAGGCUUUUCAAGUAGAUGAAAGCGUAGCUGCUCUGAUGCAAUCAAAAUUUUAAGCAGCAAGUUUACUUACAGACUUCAUAAGCUUGAGAGUUUUAGUUUUUGUGCGCAAUGUUAAAUGAGUGGAUUCUAUUUGUUUGUUUAUUGUGUGAUUCAUGAAAAUGUAAUCCCAAGAGGUUAAAUUUGGAUUGAUUUAUUUUUUUUA